GACAAUGAAGACAACACAUCAGGUUGCCUCUUAACGGGUUAAUACAGUAAUGGGACAUAACGGGUUAAGUUUUACUUUGAAAUAGCAGAUGACAGCGUGCUGAGCAUUUUGCAGCAGCUAUAGACGGUAGCGCAGUGAGGUCGUUCGGUUUUGUCGUUCAAUAUCAUACGCAUAUACUGUAUAUCAGGCCUAAUUUAAUUAGGGGCUUCAGUUGUUUAUUUGUUUUUUUUUUUUAAGACUCUCAGUUCAGAAAUUAUCAUGUGCUCUUCGGCUAUUGUUCUUUCGGUGAUGGUCGGUGUCAUCUGUUAUCUCCCGAUUCCAGCGUUUUCUAGCCUUUCUCCAAAUUACAGACCCAUCAUUGGGAUCGUAGCCCAAGAAAAUCUUCCCAGUGACCCUCACGCACAGGGUUCAUCUUACAUUGCUGCUUCAUAUGUGAAAUAUCUGGAGGCCGCUGGAGCCAGGGUUGUGCCACUCAGAAUAAACCGCACAAAGGAAGAAUACACCAAGUUAUUCUAUUCUAUAAAUGGAUUACUGCUUCCCGGUGGAGAUGUGGAUCUUGAAAACUCCCAGUUUGGCAGAGUAUCCAGAAUAUUCUAUGACUUGGCAAUAAAGGCAAAUGAUGCAUCAGAUUAUUUUCCCAUCUGGGGAACCUGUCAAGGAUUCCAGGAGAUGACCGUUCUCACCAGUGGCAAAAAUCUCCUGACUCUCACUGACACCAAGGCCAUAGCUCUGCCUCUGACCUUCACUUCAGUGGGUCCGAACAGCAGACUGUUCAAGAGCUUUCCAAAAGACCUUCUUCACGCACUCACCACAGAGAACAUCACUUCCAACUUCCACAAAUGGAGCCUCACUCUGCAGAAUUUCACUCGCAACAUGAAAUUGAAAAGAUUCUACAAAAUCCUGUCCACAAGUACAGAUGGGCAUAAAGAAUUCAUAUCCACAAUGGAGGCACACCGGUACCCAUUCUACGCUGUGCAGUGGCACCCGGAGAAGAGCCAGUUUGAGUGGAUAGAGAAGUCAGGCAUGGUCCACACCACCGCGGCUGUUGAUGCAGCGUAUUACACAGCCCGCUUCUUUGUGAACGAAGCAAGGAGAAACCACCACCGUUUUGCGAAUAAGAUUGAAGAGGAAAAAUCCCUGAUAUAUAACUACUCACCAGUUUUCACUAGCCUGGAAAGUAUAUUUGUGCAGAAUUAUUACUUUGAUUGAUCCUUGUCUUACAGUAAUUCUACCACAAGAUGUUGCACAGUCUAUCCCAUCAAAAUCUUGACACAUCAAGCUUACUUCACAAUAGCUGAUGGUUAAUAUAAUUGGAGGUCUUUAAUAAGCAGGUAUAAUCUAUGAAUUAUAUUACCUAUAUAACAGUUACCAUGCAUACAGGUAAUUUCAAACGCAAUGUGAGAUGUCCUCUGAUGAACUUAAUAUGUAAUACAAUCUUAAUACUGCAUUAGUGCUGGAACUGCAUUUCACCAUUGUGAGUUUGGCUAAUGUAUUACAAAUACAAUACUGACAAUUAUUUGUUAUUUUUAGAAACUGUUAUGGACUAAUGGGCUAUACAGUGCCAAUUUUAAAUGUCUUAUUUUAAAACAUCUGAUUAUCAUUUUAUAAUCAGUUUUAUUCCCUGGAUACAUGCAUUUAAUGUUACACCAAAUGGAAAAGAUGUCAUUUGAAUAAAUAGUCCAGUGAUCUCAGCAUUACGAAUGUGACAAGACUACUGAAUGUAUUAUUUAUUUUUCCCUUAACAUGGUAAUUGGGACUUCUGUGUUUCAAAGAUCCAUUACUUAUAAGUAAACAUAAAAUACAUUGUAUUUACUUGCUGUGCAGCCUUUGGACAAUAAUAUAUCAAAUUUAAAAAAUGUACACAUCAUAAAAAGGAUUAAUUCACCAAUGUUGUGAUGCAGCUCGCAUUCUCAUUUUUGAUGCUUGGCUUUUAAGGUUCAGGAUAUAACCAUAUGUAAUACUGCAACUCUUAAUAAAGUUUAGAUUCUCUGGCAUGA